CUGACCUGAAAAGCGAUUUAACAACUGUAAAUUGAAAUUUUUAUAAAUUUACUGUUCAUUUCGAAUUGAAAUAUUCCACGCAAUACCAUGUUGAACUUCUAUAAGGAGCUGAAGAACGAGUGGUCGAAGAGCUCCCCGAAUCUGAGCCGUUGUGCUCAACUGUUGGACAAUCUGAAGCUGGAAAUGGUUCGCGUGGGAUUGGCAGGAAUACAGGGAAAAGGAGCUUUGCCGUCACAGCAGGCGCAGGAGUUGCGGAUGUCUCGGGAGAUGCUGGAGAUUGCCAUAGAGCACAGCAUUCGAGUCAAGGAUAACGCCGCUUUUGAGCGUUACAUGACGCAGUUGAAGAUGUACUACUAUGACUUUGACAAGUAUCUGGAGUCAUCACCACAGAUGCACAAAUUCAUGGGACUGCAUCUACUCUAUAUGUUAGCCACAAAUCGAAUUGCCGAUUUUCACAUUGAGCUGGAGCGUUUGCCGUCAGCAUUGCUCCUGCAGAAUGCUUUCAUUUCUCCGGUGCUGGCUUUGGAGAACUAUUUCAUGGAGGGCCGUUAUAACAAGAUCUUACAGGCCAAGAAGUCCAUGCCCUCGGAGCUGUACUACAAUUUUAUGGAUAUGCUAGUGAACACGGCCCGUGAGGAAAUAGCUUCCUGCAUGGAGAAGUCAUAUGUCAAGAUCUCUCAGAAGCAGGCGGCCCAGCGUUUGGGCCUCAAGCCCGGGGGACCUGAGAUCACCAAUUUGGCAGCAAAACGAAAAUGGAUACUAGACGUGGAUGGAAAUUUCAACUAUGCCGAUCUGAAUACCAGGCGAAGGGAGAAAGUGCCGGCCAAAGACAUCGCUGUGCAUACAUUGACCUAUGCCCAUGAGCUGGAGAAAAUUGUUUGAAUUUGUAACAAAUAAAGCGUUAACGUUAAUCCAAUUGAGCAGAAAAUGAUGUCCAGAAAAUAUAUAGUUGAUGUGCCGGAAAUUUGUCAGAUUUAA